AUGACGAUUAAAAGUCUCUUUUUUUGGCUACUGGAACAUAUUUACCAUUACAAUGCUUUCAUACCCGAUGAAAUUGAUUACGAUGAUGAUGAUGAUAAUGACGAUGCAGCGAAAGAUCCUGGAAUCAUCCUUAAACAUCAAUUAUAUUCCACUCGAUUGUACAUUCCUCUACUUAUCACAAUCUUGUAUAUUCUGACUUUCAUUGCUGUGAUCAGUCCACAAGAUCGAUUGAUUACAGUCUCGAACAUUACUCCAACACUUUUCAAUCAGCUCUCUCUCGAACAUGCGGACACACUGUCUUGUCCAUGUUCAAAUAUUACUAUGCCAUACAAAGCAUUUGUAUCGCAUAUAAUCUACUUUCAUCCGGUGUGUUCGAGUGUAUAUGUGAGCAAAGAAUGGAUACAAGCACUUUAUCUCACCUAUGCCAGUUCGUUGUUGGUGAAUGAUUUUCGAACAACUGCCAAAUCUCAAUUUGAACUUCUCGCUGCGUUUNCUAUGCCAUACAAAGCAUUUGUAUCGCAUAUAAUCUACUUUCAUCCGGUGUGUUCGAGUGUAUAUGUGAGCAAAGAAUGGAUACAAGCACUUUAUCUCACCUAUGCCAGUUCGUUGUUGGUGAAUGAUUUUCGAACAACUGCUAAAUCUCAAUUUGAACUUCUCGCUGCGUUUUGUUCAAUAUCCCAAGAAACAGUUUAUCAAUCUCUGGUCGAUUUGGAAAAUGAGCAGCUGGUGACUUUUCAGUUACUUCCAGAUGUUCAAGUUAAUUCUCAAGUAUCAGCCAAUAUUGAUCUGAUUAGAAGUAGUGUACCUGUUCAAGUUGAUAUUACAGUAGUUCUGUUACAAAUAACAACUCGAUCAAACUCUCUUGUCUCCGCUCUCAAUACCAAUAUAUAUGUUAGCAUACAUCAUUUCGACAGCCAGAUUACAUCCAUUACAACAUAUUUUACUCCUUACUUCGACGAAAACAGCGGUUUGGGCGUAAAUUAUUUCGGGCACACUUGUGAUGUGAUAGGUUUCACAACAUCUGCCGCUUUUUACCUGAUGUCACAGUUUGAUAGCGCAUAUAAUCAUGGCUCUUGGCCACCAACGUCGCCAGGUUUUACAGCAAUUGCCAAUGGGACAGUCGAUGGAUUUUUUAGUGGAUGCAUUACACUCGAUGGUUUACUUGUCAGCACUUUUGAUUGUUUAUAUAAUAUCAGUUGUCUAAAGAAUUUUGCAAACUAUUUUCCGAAUCUCAGUCAGAUAAACGUUUCUUGGUCUGACGGUCUUUCACCUCCACUGUCGAAUCAGAUUGCAGUUAAAGAUCUUUUAUCUGAAUUGUUUGUAGUAAAUUGGUCGACUACGAUCAAUUACUCACAAUACUUUCAUUCAUGUGCUCCGAAGACGUGCACAUACACGAUUACUGACCACAUGAAUAUUCUCUACACCGGUACACUCUUACUCGCUCUCUACGGAGGCAUCGCCGUUCUACUUCGUUCAAUCACACCUUACGUAGUUUUGCUUUGGUCAAAACUCAAACGUCGUUCCACUAAUCUUAAUCUGAGCAACUUUCAACGAUCAAAAUGUAUUAUAUAUAAUUUAAGACGACUGAACUUGUUCAAAUCAAUCAACAGACGUACUCCAGACGAUAUCAAACUGCAACAAGCAGCCACAUGGGUUUAUUUGAUUUUACUUGCAAGGUUCCGAAUUGUAGAUUGGUAUGGCUUCCGCGGCCGACAUUUUCGUUUGUUAGCAACUCUAUGUGAACUGGCAAACAGAACUGUGACCGAUGCUGUUCAUCGAUUUGGUACUCAGUCUUUCGUCACACUAAAUGUCACUAGUGAAACUAGUUUUAAUAUUCAGUUGAAUACAAUUGUGCAUGCGUUCGCUCAGUCAUUUUCUACGAAUUUUGAUCUUCUUGUCAAGAUUGUGCAGCUGUUCACGCGUGCCGAUCAGCCUUAUACGCAGAGUAGCAACGACAAUUUAGUUAAUUCAGGAACACAAGAUGAUAUCAAUUACGGCCAAAUUCUUAAGUUUGCAUUCAACUUUACUGGUCUAAUGAACAUCGACACAAAGGCAGUAGUAUGUAUAUGUGCUACCAAUUCUCAUUGUCAAACUCCAGUUCUUGAUUCUGUGAAUGAAAUCUCGUUAGAUCAUGCUGUAGACUUUUCUCAGGUAGUAGGAUCAAUCGAAGGUUGCUCUACUUUGGACUCCGUAUUGCUGUCAACAUUAGAAUGCUACUAUUUACCUUCUUGUCUAUCUAUUCUAUAUAAAUAUAUAAACUACACACGCAGAAUAAUUGAUACAGGUCUCCCGUACCUUGAUGUGAAACCUCUUGUUGAUGAUCCAACGUCCAGUCGGUUUCCUCCAAACACUUCACUUACAAUAAUAAUCAAAGAAUUAAUGAUCGAAGAUUGGAAUCCAGUCUUUUCAUUCGAGAAAUAUUAUGAAGAAUGUGCACCGAACAAAUGCACUUACUCUCAGAUAGUACACACUAACAGCUUUGUUGGAAUAAUAAUGACACUGUUAUCGUCCAUUGGUGGUCUUAUUGUUGCUCUACGACUAAUAACACCUCUGCUGGUCAAAUUAAUUUUUAUUCUAGGGCAGACGAAACGACAAUCAAAGAGAUCACAAGAAGAUUGGCAAAUGAAUAUCACGUCCAAGUUAGCUUCAGACUUAUUCAUCUAUGAUGCUCGAGAUUAUCGUCGGUUUCUGUACGCCCAUUUACAACUUUUGGCGGGAUUAUGUUCUGAAGCCAUGCAAUCAGUGAAUAGUUAUAUUGCCCAACUGCUUUCUUCGUUUUUCCUUACUGAUCAACUUGUGUCACCUAUCACACUUCAGACACGCAUCAAUACACUGGUUAAUAGUGGUCAAUCCAAUGCUCCUACUUCCUUCAAAAGUCGUCUAUCGCUCUUGCGAGCGAUCAAUUAUGGCAAUGCAAUUGUAUCAGCUUAUGGAACAAACUUUGAAUUCUUCGAUCCUUGGGUAAAUGAAACUUACUCUGUUGCAAUCACUCAGCCAAUCAUUUACGAUGAUGGAUGUUCAUGUGCAACAAGUAUGAACUGUACUACUCAAGCAGGAUUUAUUGCAAAAGAUUCAUCAACACUAAUACCAGUUACGGGUUUGAAGAUGGGUUGCACACCGAGUGAAGCACUGUUAUCUUCAACAUACAAAUAA